UCGGGCGAUCUGGGCAGAGAACGGGGCCGGGGGUGGGUGUGUGCGCCAUGGCGGAGUCGCAGCAGCUGCGGGUGCAGGAGGCGGUGGACACCAUGGUGAAGGGGCUGGAGCGGGAGAAUAUCCGCAAGAUGCAGGGCACCAUGUUCCGAUGCAGUGCCAGCUGCUGUGAGGAUACCCAGGCCUCCAUGCACCAGGUUCAUCAGUGCAUUGAGCGCUGCCAUCCACCAUUGGCCCAAGCACAGGCCCUUGUGACCAGCGAGCUGGAAAAAUUCCAGGACCGUCUGGCUCAAUGCACCAUGCACUGCAAUGACAAAGCCAAAGACCUGAUGGAUGCUGGGAGCAAGGAACAGCAAGUGAAGAGGCAGCUGGAGUCCUGUGUGACCAAAUGUGUUGAUGACCACAUGCACCUCAUCCCCACCAUGACCAAGAAGAUGAAGGAUUCCCUGGCAUCUAUUACAAAAUAGAGUCGUUGUCAGUAGUCAUCAGGGUGGGAGAAUGGGUCUGCUUUUAAAAAUGUAUGGAAACUUUUACCUUUCAGUGAAAAUUUAAGAAUGAAGAAAUGGAGGCUGUAGCAAGUUUAAGAAAAUCUUUAUGGGA